UUUUUUGCAGAUGGGAACAGACAACAUCAGUCAACAACAUCAGCUGCAAGAUGAUUCUCAAUUAGCAAUAUUCAAUUUUUCACCUCAAGAAGAACAACCAACAGAAAGAAUUUUGAAUAAUCAGCAAACCCAUGAUGCUCAUCAAUACCAGAAUGAUUCUAUCAUAGCUCCAGGAUUUUUUGCUGGGGGCUCUGGGGGUAACAAUAAUUUGGUGCAGUAUUGUGAGGCUCCUGCUGCUGUUUCAGGUUUGGAAGGUGCUCCUGAUUUCAUCCAGGUGGGUAUUCCUGAGCAAGGAUCAGAAAUAUCUAACCCUCCUUCCCAGGAAGAACCACCAGCAGCAGCAACUUCGACUAUUCAGCAAACUCAUGCCUUUCAACAACCCCAGAAUCAGCCCAUCAUAGCUUCAAUGAUGCCGGAAACAAGGAAUGUCAUACUGGUAUUGGCACAAUCCCAGCUUCCGGUUUAUGUGUUUCAGGAAGCUAAUUUUCCACCUGAAUCCGAAAACUAUAUGGGAAGGAUGUGUGACCCUGUUUCUGGUGCAAAAGUCGUUGCUGAGGGUUUUGGGGGUACCAAUACUGGGGUGCAAGUAUUUGGUGAGGCUUCUGGUUCCAGAGUGCAAGAGGUUCCUCAUGUCAUGCAGGAAAUGCUGCCACAGCAAAAUCCAGCACCGGUUUUCGAUGUUCAAGUGAAAUCUCCUGAAUUGGGCAACAAACCAAGCAAAUACAUUUGGUGCUCGAAGAUGAAUAAGUUGUACACGGAUCAGAAAAUCGAGGUGCCAAUGGAAGUCAUCCUUCCUGACGCCGAAAACGUGUACAUUUUGCGUGCUAAACUCGUUUUUGCUGAUGGCAAAAAGGAGAUUGUUCCCAAGUGCAAACGCUGCUCUCAAAAAAAUUUAGAAAAUGGCUCUUGCUCGCACAUCAUACAAGUCCUCAGUCCACACGGUGCCCAGUAUGUGGGCGAAGCCGGAAGUGGUGUGAAUAAGUAUGUGGAGCUGAAGUUGGCGAAACCCGAACCGGGUUCCGGCACCAGUACCCGAUUCACCAUGAUGUUGACGUGUCGGGAUUCCUGCCUGGCUUCCCAGUACAAGAAACGGGAGCGAAUGCUUGUGUUUCAAUUGUACAACAAUGAUGGGGCUUUGUUGAGUGAGUCGAAGAUGCUGGUGAGGGUUUGUGCGGAUCCGAAACGGGAUUGGAAUAAUGACUGCAGGAACAAGCCGGAAGCUGGAAAAGAGAACAAGCCGGAAGCUGGAAAAGGGGGAAAGCGGAAAUUGCCAAGCGCUACGUUGACAGAGGAAGAGAGGGCAUUUUAUUUGGAAAUUGCCAAGGCUCUCAAUUUUGCUGAGUAUGUGAAGAAAUUCCGUCCUGAACUCUACAAGGAAAUUGAAAAUGAAAUGAAGCCCAUUUUCAAAAUCAGAAACUUGGAGGAUCCAAAUAUCAUUAUAGAACCCGGUUCUCUGUAUUCAAUUCCCGAAAUGUCGUACAACUGCUACAACCGUCCAGAACCAGUGAUUCCCCAGGGUUACGGAACUGCGAGUGACGUUCUUAGGACUUACAAUGAACUCGAUGGCACUGGAGUCCGCCAAAAUUGGGCUGAUUUGUCGAGUGAGGUUCAGCGAGUGGCCAAGAACCAUUCGUACGCCAACGUCAUCUCGGAUGCCAAACAAGGAUGGCGAUUCAAUGCGGCUCUCGCGGCUGCUCAAAGACACCGUCACGACGUCGUGAUGGACGACGAUGUCGUGAAACGACUGGACGAGUACAAGAAAUUCGAGAAAAUCGGCAACAGUCUCCCUGGGACGGGUUUUGUGGACACUGGACCAUCCUUGCCCAAGACUGGGGAUUACUUGACUGACAAACCCGAGCGAUUGUCUGAUUACGAGCGAUGGGUGCUGAACCGGAGAUCCGUGUUUGCGCUCAGGAACAAACUUCCACCUUUGUCAUCAGACCGAGACGAGAUGACCAAGGGUUUUGUGAGCAAAGGUGAAGCGGGUUGUCUGUGGACGGAGGCAGCCAUGAAGCGCAACAGAGCCAUGUUCAGGCGCAACCAGCUCUGUCAAAAGUUCAACAGCAUGGUGGAUGAAUGCAGGGUUGCUGUGGAGGAGAUGGUGAGAGACAAUGGCCAUGCACAAGGUCAAAGAGCCAGAAUACUGACUGACCUCAUGAAGUUUAAAGAAAGCUCCGCUGUCAGGAAGGCACUCUACACUUCCAUGGCUGAGUUGCAUGAGUACAUCAAUGAUGUGCAGUUUGAGAUCUUCAAAUCAGAACAGUUGGCUUUGGAGUUGAGAAAGGCUGAUACAUCAUAUUCUCAGGAAGAGGAUUCAUUGGAGCAACUGGGUCAAGAUUCUAGCAUAUUUGUCAUCAUUGAACAGAUUGACCAGGUCUUGGAUUUCUUCCUGAAUGUCUCACCUUAUUUGCUGACAGAGGCUCAGUCAAUGACAGCAAACAUGGAGUUGAAUGAAAUCAUUAGAUCUUGGAGAGAUUGUCACAUGCAAAAUGAUGCUUGUGAUUAAUGGGGUUUGAGUCAGUCAUGUUCUGCUGGGGAAUUUUGUUCUGAAAUGCCUGAUGAUCCUUUUCUUUAUGACUGCCAAAAUUUUCUGCUUCUUUUCUUCUGCAAAUUUUCUUCUUCUGAGAUAGUAAAUUGAUUGAUUCCUUU